GAAGACAGUGCGCAUAACGAUUCCGCUUCCCCUCACUAUAACAGUAAUCGCCAUGGACUUUCCACUUGGGAUGAGACUGUAACCGCCCACUAGUGUCAGUGAUUGGAUAUAGGCUUCAAACAGGACAUGGGUAUUGCUAGGAGCGAGGUCGUCUCAGAUAGCUGGGUGGCAGAGCUGUUUCAACAAGACACUCUCCGGGCCAUCGGCGAUUUCAUGAUCAAGCAUCGAAGGGGAGUUCCAACUGAGCUGUGUCAACCCCGUGCGGGGACAUUCAACGUGUCGUUUCGGAUGAAGUUCGAAGAUGGUGGCUCAGCACUGAUCCGCUUCCCUAAGCCUGGGACCACCAUGUUCCCAGAGGAAAAAGUGAGAAAUGAAGUGGCGACGAUGCGGUACAUUCAAGAGAAUACCUCGAUCCCUGUGCCAUUCAUCCUGCACUGGGGAACGAGGAAGGAGAGCCCUCUUGGUAUUGGCCCAUUUAUCCUGAUGGAGUACAUUGACCACACUAUGGAUCUGGGUGAGGCAUUGAACACUCCAACGCUCGGAGUCGAAGACCGCCCAAUCCUCGAUCCAGCGGUUGAUCUUGAUAAGCUGGAAAUGCUGUACGGCCAGCUGGCCGACAUCUUACUUCAGUUAUCGCGGUUAUCACUUUCUCCGAUCGGCUCUCUUAUGCAGGUCGAUGACUUCACAUGGGAGCCCAAGCAUCGCCCUCUAUCGAUUGGUAUGAACGAGCUCGUCCGUCUAGGGACUCUCCCACGGUCAAAACUGCCAACCACCACAUUCGAGACGGGAUCCGACUAUUUUCAGGCCCUCGCUGACCUCCAUUGCGAGCAUCUGUACCACCAGCGCAACGAUGCCGUAGACUCGGCAGAUGACUGUCGGCGUAGGUUCGUCGCCCGACGGCUGUUUUCCAGAGUCGCUAGUGAGGGGCGCUUGGCUUCCUCAAGGAACGAUCAUGGACCCUUCAAGCUCUGGUGUGACGAUCUUCGGCCCUCGAACAUCCUGCUCAACGAGCACCUGCAGAUCGUCGGUGUUAUCGACUGGGAGUUCACCUAUGCGGCGCCGGUUCAAUUUUCUCAUGCACCGCCUUGGUGGUUGCUGCUCGAACAGCCAGAGUACUGGCCAGAUGGUCUAGAGGCGUGGGAAAAGUCAUACGAAUAUCGUCUACAAACAUUCCUCAAAGUUCUCACAGAGCGCGAAGAGACAGCGAUGCAACGGGGCAGGUUGAACCCGGAACAGAGACUUUCGGGUCCCAUGCGACACAGCUGGGAGAAUGGCGACUUUUGGGUCACGUAUGCUGCGAGAAAGAGCUUCGCCUUUGAUAUGGUCUUCUGGAAGAAGCUUGAUCCCAGGUUCUUUGGUUCCUGUGCAAUUGCUGUCCAAGAUCGCUGGAAGGAGAGAUUGGGGUUGUUGAGUGAAGAGGAGACACGGUGUAUGGAACAGAUUGUGAGUCGGAAAGUCGAGCAGAUGAAGACGAGGGAGCUGGCUUGGGAGCCGGAGGAGAUGCCUUGACUUACUUGAACUGGGGCCUUUAGUUUGUUAUUACGGUAGAUUAUGUUGAUGGUCUAUUGUGAGGUUGUUUGGCUAGGAUAAGAGGCAUAUAUAGGUGUCUGCUUUAUUAAGGGUCUGCAUACUGGGUACAUCACGACAAUACAAUAGGUUAUCG